AUGUCAACACAGAUACCCUCUGAACCUCCACAGACGACUAAGGAUCUAAAACCACAAGACUCGAACAUGUCUCUGUACGCAGACCUCACCUUUCAGGACAGUGUGAAGGAGCAGCUCUUCAGGUGAGGAUCACCCCAGAUUAGAAACAUGAUCUUUCUUUUUAAACCCUGUAAAAGUUCCUGCUCUAGAAAGUUUCAUGUGAGUAAAUGUUCAUGCUUUUGUCUUUGCAGGUGUAAACUCAGCAUGCUGGAGAAGAAAUGCAGCACUGCGUUGGAGAAGCUGAAGGCUCUGAUCGGGGAACACCUGCAAAACGGGAUCCCGGUGUCAGACCUCAUGGAGAAAACCAAGUCUCUGCUCACCCUGAGGAAAGCUCUGCUGACGCACAACGGCUACUCCAAAUACUCCAGAGACAUUUUACAGCUGUUUCCAGAUGCAGAGGAGGACCUGGCUCCCCUCUGCUGCUGAGGAAACAACAGGAAUGGACUUUAAAAAUCACUUUGAGCUCUGCAGCUUGAAUGAUUUGGGAGUAAAGGUUUCUGUGAUACCAGCUGCUGAUGCUGGUGUGUGUGCAGAAAAUCGGUCAUUUAAAGAGAAAUGCAUUUGUUGCAUUGGGAGAUCUACAGAAAUGAUAAAGUUUUAUAUGAUGUUGUGUCAUUUUGAAUUGAAGCUGAGCACAAGGAAGAACAUUUUAUGGGCUGACUGAAAAGAAAAGUCAGUAUUUAACUUUUAAAAACAUGUUUUGCUGCUAUAUGUGAGAUUUUUUUUCCCUUUAAUUAUUUUGAUUAAAUGAGACCACAAUAGACAAAACUGGUCUUUAAAAUUUGCAGGAUUUUAUUCUUUACUUGUUAAAAUCUUCAGGACCAAAAUGUUUUAAAGUUUAUUGAUUUACUGCAGGAAAACCUGUUAUUUUCUUUCAGCCAAACAGAGAUUAAUAAGCUAUUCUUCCUGCUUCAGAUGCUGUAUUUGCUCAUCCUACAGUUUGCAUACUGCCUUGUUUCAAGGUAUACUUUAGCACAUUUUUAAAAACAAACCUUUCUUCUAGAAAGGGAUUUUUUUUAUUGUUUUGUGUAUGCCAUGUAUGCAUAUUUUGUUUUAUUCAUCCUGUUUUUAUUUUAUUCAUCCAAAGUGGAUUGAAAAUUGUUUUGGAGUUUUUUUGGAUUUCAAGAAAAUAAAUAUGUCAGAGAUUUA